GGAGUCGGUUUUCACAAGGCGUCACGAACUACGUCAUCUUUGCGGGCCGAAGCUUGUCGCAGCAGAUGGGGUUCUCUUUUUCUCCUUUCCCUCCUUCCAUCAUGUUGUAGCCUCAUCAUCUGCUUGGGGGCAACAAUAAAUACAGUCUAAUGAAAGCUCGUGUAUGUUCUGGUGGGGGGGAUUUGCCAUCCGAAACCGAUCGGUUCCGUCUCCACGGUAUAGGUAAUGAACGACGAGACAGAACCGGAGAGCUGGAAGAGAAACUCCGGGAGUUCCAGUAUUGAGCAAAUGCUGGCUGUGAAUCCCGGAAAGACGCCCAUCAGUCUGCUGCAGGAGUAUGGAACGCGGAUAGGCAAAACCCCAGUCUACGACCUGCUGAAGGCCGAGGGACAGGCCCAUCAGCCCAACUUCACAUUCCGCGUCUCUGUUGGUGAGAUCAGCUGCACCGGCCAAGGGCCCAGCAAGAAAGCAGCUAAGCACAAAGCAGCCGAGGCUGCUCUGAAGAUGCUCAAGGGAGGCCUCGGGGGACCAGUUGGAGUCGCUCUUGGAGAAGACGGUUUUAUUGAAGUUGAUGUGCCUGUGGAUGGAGAUAGUUCUCAGUCAGAGAUGAAGACUUCAAACAGUUCCCAUCAGUCUGAAUGUAACCCUGUAGGAGCCCUGCAGGAGUUGGUGGUGCAGAAAGGAUGGCGUUUGCCAGAGUACACAGUCACUCAGGAGUCCGGUCCAGCUCAUCGCAAGGAGUUCACUAUGACUUGCAGAGUCGAGAGAUUUGUAGAAAUCGGAAGUGGCACAUCUAAGAAACUUGCCAAGAGAAAUGCUGCGGCCAAGAUGCUUUCUCGGAUACACAAUGUGCCGGUGGAUCUGAGGAGUAGCAAUGACGCAGAAACAGAGGAGGACACAUUUAAUAUUCACAUGGGAAGUAGAGUGGAGUCAGGUAAAACUAAAGGCUACAGCUGCACAUGGGACUCCCUGCGCAACUCUGCUGGAGAGAAGAUUCUGCAUCUCCGCAGCCACCCUCUGGGCAUGCCUUCUGACUCCAACUUCUGCUCCCUGCUGAGCGACCUUUCUGCAGAGCAGCGCUUCGAUGUCAGCUACCUUGAUCUAGAGGAGCGCAGCCUCAGCGGCCUCUGUCAGUGUUUGGUAGAGCUGUCCACGCAGCCAAUCACAGUGUGCCAUGGCUUCGCUCAGAACGUAGACGCUGCUCGAGCCAACGCAGCUCAUAACGCACUGCAGUACCUGAAAAUCAUGGCAGGAGGGAAAUGACAAACCUUCUCCGUUUUCUAGACACAGACUCGAACUCACCAGUACACAAUAUGCCAUCAAACAUCUCCUUUCUGGACGAAGGAGGUAUUUUUGUGACAUAUUUAGAAAACAAAAACAAGGAAACCUCAAAUUUGACAAUGAGAGACUUUUUCUGCCCUGAAAUUUACACAUGGAAUCAUAGUUUUUAUUUUCUAUUGAUUGAUGGGUGCCACUAUUCAUAUUGCUGUCUAAAAUUUAUAAACACAUUAUGUACAAUUUUGUCAUAAAAAAACUUUUCCCCCUUUUUUUAAACUUUUGACUUCAUGUAGUCCAAUAUAUUUUCCUAAAUAUGGCCAAUAAAUACAUAUAUCUCAGAAACGUUAAAUGUUGCUGUAUCAGAGUAGGCAAUGAUUUGCAGCAAAAUAUAAAAACAUGUAGGUUAUUUGACUAGCUAGAUAUAGAGUUAACUAUUUAUUAGUCCCAGAAUGAAAUUCAUGUGAAUGGAUGUGUGAAAGAAACUCCCACUCUGUUGAGAAAUUGAAUUAUGUUCGCUGCUAUCCCUCAAAAAUGAGCUUCCACGAAUCUUAAAAAAAUAAGACUCAAAUGACUUUUUGUCGCUGUCAUUUUCUACAUGGUUAAGACUUAAAAUUGUACAACCCCCUACACAUUUAUUAGCACUAUUGGUGAAGCUGUGGUAAAAGCCUUAAAACAUAGUCAUCACUGCAUUUGCAUAUUUAGGAACUUUUAAAAAAUCUAACCUUCAUGUUAUUUUAAUCAGUGAAUGGAAAAGAAUAUUUGGCUAAGAAAUCAUUUGCAGCAACAUCACUAUAAAUAUGAAAUAAUCUUUGUAUUGUUGUUUAUACAAAGAUUAAUAGUAAUGGAUUACUAAAUGGCUUAUAUAAAUGUUUAGUAAUCCAUGAUAUCCUUUUUUUUCUGGGGUAUAAAAUGUGACAUUUCUAUAAACCACUUUUCAAAAUGGAAAAAGUAAUUGUACAUGCCAUUAAAGAUGGACAAAUUUGUUUUGAUCUCUAUGAAUGACGAGAAAACCUAGACCUGGCUAUAUUUACAGUCAAAGUUAUAAUUAGCAGGUAGACGAGGAUGGUAAUGGAGGUGAAACAAAUCUCCAGUUUAAAGAUGAAUUUACUUUAAGGCUUUUUACACCUUUUUACCAGCUGCAAAUAAAUCUGUUUUUCUUGACAAGUUUUAGAAGUAUCUCUUUUAAUAGUCUGUGAAUUAGAAGCUUUGUGUGUCCACAGCUGUUCUGAAGUGCAUUUACUCCUGAAUUAAAGACUUAUUAUACAAUGGCUCUCAACUGUGAAUACACCCUGUUAAAAGACCAGGUUUUUAUGUAAAAAAGAAAAUAAACAAUCAUAAAUUAUUUUAGUUACAAUUCAAGCAAAACAUUAUUCGAGUAAAUACCUAAGCUAAUACCCAUUUAAAGCAUCUCUUGAUUCAGUGUUCCAUCAAUUAUAAUAAUCCGUUAAUAAAGUUCUACAUCCUAAAAAGACAUGUUUUACUUUACUUAUUACUAACUUUCAGUCAAUGCUACAGGUUCCAAAGGAUUAAAUAAUAAUUGUUUGAAGGUAUCGGUCAGGAGUAGGUCUAAAAGAAAAUCAAAGUUGUACAGGAAGGUUUUACAACAAUUUAUUAGGGUCUCAUUUUUACAGGGGUGUGUCAGAUGAGAGCUGCUGUAAUUAUAACAAAAUAUAUCCACUCUUUCUCACAGACCCAGCACAUAAAGCUACCACAAAUUCUAACAUUACCUCUAAAACAUUGUGCAUGUAAUGACCAUCAUUGACUUGUGUUUUGUUUUGUUUUGUUUUCUUGAACUGUGACUUGAAUUGUGAUUAUCUGUUGUGUCUCUGUGUAAAAGCUUUCUCCACUAAGAAAUCCCUUCCUCUUCUACAGUAUGCAUUGACAAAUAGGCUUAGCUAUCUGCUGUUUCAUGUAUUUGUCUACUAAAUGCAUGCAACACAUUUCUGUGUGUUGUAACCCUUCUCAGAAAAGGCAGAUAUGCAAAAUGUUUUUUGAUCAUUAAAGGAGGAAGUUAGGAGCUAUUUUUAUUCAACUUCAGUUGAAACUCACCAUCUCUCUUUGCUGGCACUUUUAUACAUUAUAAAAAUGAAAUGAAAUAUGAUCUCUAUUGGACGUUGAGGUUUUUUUUUUU